CGGCCGCUCCGCAGGCGCUGACGGACCCGGGAGGGGAGCAGAACAGCACAGGACAGUACAGUGCAGCGCAGCGCGCCGGUCCGCGGGUGCGGAGCCGAGCUAGGUAAAAGGACACAGAAGAGAAGAUGGACUGGGGAACCCUGCAGGCCAUUUUAGGAGGUGUAAAUAAACACUCCACCAGCAUUGGGAAGAUCUGGCUCACAGUCCUGUUCAUCUUCCGUAUCAUGAUCCUGGUUGUGGCUGCAGAGAGAGUCUGGGGAGAUGAACAACAAGAUUUUGUCUGCAACACACUUCAGCCUGGCUGCAGAAAUGUUUGCUAUGAUCACUUUUUCCCCAUCUCUCACAUCAGACUCUGGGCCCUGCAGCUGAUCUUUGUUUCCACACCUGCACUGCUGGUGGCCAUGCAUGUAGCUUACACCAGGCAUGAGAAGAAAAGACGAUUCAGAAAUGGUGAGAAAAUUGAUAUUGAAGAGCUGAAAAAUGAAAAGGUUCACAUUCGGGGCCCCCUGUGGUGGACAUACACCAGCAGCAUCUUCUUCAGGAUCGUCUUUGAAGCAGUCUUCAUGUAUGUGUUCUAUUACAUGUAUGACGGGUACCAGAUGCCUCGCCUGGUGAAGUGCAAUGCGUGGCCUUGCCCGAACACAGUGGAUUGUUUUGUUUCUCGGCCCACUGAGAAAACCACAUUUACUAUUUUCAUGCUUGCUGUGUCUGGGAUCUGCAUGAUGUUGAAUCUGGCUGAGUUGUGUUACCUAGUGAUAAAGAUCUGCAUGAAAGAACCCAGGAAAACAACAGUUUUAAAAUAAUUCCACAGUUUCAGGAUUUCCUAGCUCCCCAUUUCCCUCAAACUUUUUUAUGUGUCAGAAAGCAAUAAGCAAUAUUUUUGCACUCAAGGAAAAAGAUAAAAAUAAAUGAUCAUUCAUGUUUUAAAAAUAUUAGUCUCCCUGGGAAGCUGCCAGUGAGGCAGGUUUUAAAGAUCAUUCACUAUUCCUGUAUCCUCAAAUUAGAGCAGCCUCCUGGCAGCAGCUCUUCCAAGCAUGCCUGCUGCUGGGAUCCUGUUGUUGGGACAGAGUCACUUUUCUAAGAAGGCUCUAGUGCCCAAAGGAGAGCCAGGAAUCACAAACACAGUGUCCACUUCAGAGGCGAGCUAAUA